AUGAAUCAAGUGGAUCAAACAGAAAAGUUAGCAGUUUUGGUAGAGCAAGCGAGUGUUUUCUAUUCGAGAGGUGAUCUUGCUCAGGCGUUACACUUGUACGACCAGGCUGUGCUUCUUGAUUGCACGAAUCAUGUUCUCUUCUCGAAUCGAGCCGCUAUUUUAUGUCGAUUGGGCAGAUUCGACGAGUCUCUGCAACAAGCUGAACAUUCGAUUCAACUGAAUCCUAAUUGGGCUAAAGCUUAUCUGCGGAAGGGUGACUCGCUGAAAGGAGCUGGCAAGUUCGAAAAAGCAAUCAUAGCGUAUUGCAAAGGUUUGACAGUGGAUAAAGAAAAUUCUCAACUGCUCAACGCGCUAAUCCAGUGCUCUUAUGCGAGUGCCAUACGAGAAGAUCUCUCAUCUGUUCUGAGUUCACUGAAGACCAUUAGUGGAUGUUUGGAUGCUUUCGUAGUGGUCAGUGCAAUCGGUGAACAACUACUGGCUCAUGGUCAUGCACCCGGCGCUAUCGUUGUAUUGAAUCAUGCAAUCGAUAUCGAUACCGAAUCGUUGCAAUUGAAACACUCCGUAUUGGGUGCUCUGUCGAGGGCACACUAUGAGCUACGCAACUAUCGCAAAGCCAUUGAUUAUCUUGAUAUACAACUCGAAAUCGCCCAUCAACUUGAAGAUGUGCCUAAUCAAUUGCUGAUUCACGAAAACAUUGCGAAAAUUGCUUUCAUGGAGGACGAACUUCCUCUUGCCAUUCUGCACAUCAGACACGCAAUUGAACUGAAACAUAAGCAAAAUGAACCAGCAGACAGUCUCUACGAGACACUCGGUGGUCUUUUCGCUCAAAUGGGUGAAGUGGACGCGGCCACAAUCGCAUUUUCAAAGGUCAAUUCGAUCAGUAUCAAUUUUCUGAUGAAUCGUGCGAAAAUUGCAAUCGCUAAGAACCAACUAGCCGAAGCAAUCGGCUAUUGUGAUCAAAUGGAGCGGAUGAGCGCCACUCCAGACGAACGAAUUACAGUGACACUAAUUCGAUGCAAAUGCCUUCUGAGACAAUCGGAGCCAAACAAAGCUCUACGAAUCCUUAAGUCAACAACUGCGAGAAUUUCCACUGAAGAACCAUCGCCAUUAGUUGUAGGCCUACUAUUUGGCAUACUAAGCGAAUGCAAUCUGGCUAUUGGUCAGUAUCGUAACUCCCGAAAAUGGGCCAAAAAGCAACUGAAGAUCGCAAUCGGAUGUUCGUCACGUAGUCUUGAAGCCGAUGCUCUCAGGAAUAUGGCGAGUGUGUACGAGGCAAUAGAGGAUCCUCGGAAUGCACUAACUUUGUGGAGCAAAUAUGAUGAGUUGAUUCAGAACGAUAACAUCGAAACGCGAUUGAACAGUCUAAAAUGUCUUGCAAAACUGAACGAGAGCUGCAACAAUAUGGAUCAAGCAGAAGAAGUGCUUCAGAANCGAUUGAGAUUAGCUGAAAGAAUCUCUUCAUCAUCAAUUGCCAUUGAUGCGCAUUCGGAUUUAAUUCGAUUCUAUCGGCAACAUAAACGAGAUCAGGAACUUCGACUGAAGCAUUUCGAGGCAAUGCGCAAUUUGUACAAUGAAAAUGGCACAACAGCCAAAGAAGCGGUGAUUCUGGAGGAUAGUGCCGAUUUCUCGUUUGAUCGAGGCGAUUUCAGCGAAGCGAUCGACCAUUAUGAACAAUGCCUUAUGCUCGUCCAAGAAGACGGCGAUGCAUCUCGUGAAGCAGAAAUCUGCGCCAAAUUGGGUGAUAGUCACUGGGCAUUGUUUCAUGCAAACGAAGCAAUUGCUUACUACGAACAAUCUUUAACAGUUCAUCAACAACUUGGCAAUAUUCGAGCAAUGAUGAAAAUUUACUGGAGUAUCGCGAAAAUACACCUGUCUCGAGAUGCAUAUCAAGAAUGCCAGUCAUGUCUCAGGUGUGUUUCAUAUCAUUAUUUCGUGCAUGAUCGAAUACUUCGUGUCUAUAUUCGUUUAUGA